CGAGGUCCUGGGGGCGUCCCAGCGGUGGCGGGGUGUCAUCAGCGUGGCUCUCAUUGAGGGGCGCGACCUGAUACCCAUGGACCCCAACGGACUGAGCGACCCCUACGUCAAGUUCCGCCUGGGGGCACAGAAGUACCGUAGCAAGACGCUUACAAAGACGCUGAGUCCGCAGUGGCGGGAACAGUUUGUCCUUCAACUGCCGGAGGACACGGCGGAUGUGCUGGAGGCCACCGUGUGGGACCACGACACCGGACUCAGGGACGACUUCAUUGGGCGGCGAUUGCCAGCUGGACCUGUCCACGCUAACCAAAGAGCAAACUCACCACCUGGAGCUUCCGUUGGAGGAGUCCCGGGGCCACCUGGUGCUGCUGGUCACACUGACGGGCUCCGCGGCCAACCCGACCACCUUGCCGCCUGACGACUUGCAGGACGGUGGCGAGAUCCUCAAGAGUUAUGGGGUGCUGAAGUCCUUCUCGGACAUGAAGGACGUGGGGGUGGUGCAGGUAAAGGUUCUGCGAGCAGAGGGCCUCAUAGCGGCCGACGUGACUGGUGAGAAAGAAACAAGACUCAAAUCAAAGAAGGAACGGAUGUUAGUAUUUUUUACGCGUUUGUUGUCCUGCUCAGGAAAGAGCGACCCCUUUUGUGUGGUGGAGCUCGACAAUGAACGCCGACAGACGCAAACUGUCUACAAGAACCUCAACCCACAUUGGAACAAAGUCUUCACUUUUCAGGUGAAGGACAUUCACUCGGUGUUGGAAGUCACUGUGCUGGACGAGGACAGAGACCGCAGUGCCGACUUCCUGGGAAAAGUUGCCAUCCCGUUGUUGCACGCGCGAGGUGGCGAGCAGAAGAGGUACGUGCUGAAGAACAAAGAGUUGAAAGGUCGCAGUCAAGGAGUCAUCUUCCUGGAGGUCUACGUCGUCUUCAACCCCGUGAAGGCGGCGUUGAGGACACUGUUGCCCGCUGAGCAGAAGUUGAUCGAAGAUGAACCCAAAGUGUCCAAAGAUCUGCUGUAUCAGAACAUCGUCCGCGUGAGGAGAUGCGUCACCGUGCUCUUCAACUUCACCUCGUUUAUCAAUAGCUGCUUCCAGUGGGAAUCCACGCAACGUAGCCUCAUCGCGUUCCUGGUCUUUGUGGCGGUUGUAUGGAACUUCCAAGUCUUCAUGAUACCGCUGGCGCUCCUGCUACUGCUCGUCUGGAAUUUAUUCCUCUCGCGGACCCGCGAGACUACCGACACGUCGAUGGAGGCCAUGUUGGAGUGGGACGAGGACGACAAAGAGGAGACGGAGUCCCGUGGCUUUCUCGACAAACUUAACGCCAUCCAAGACGUCUUCAUCAGCGUGCAGAACGCUUUGGACCAGGUGGCGUCCUACGGCGAGAGGUUGAAAAAUGUGCUAAACUGGACAGUGCCUUUCCUGAGCUGCUUGGCCGUGGCCAUCUUGUGCCUUCUGGCCUUCCUGCUUUACCUCGUGCCGUUGCGCUACCUCGUGCUUGCUUGGGGUAUCAACAAGUUCACCAAGAAAUUACGCGACCCGUACGCUGUGGACAGCAAUGAGCUCGUGAACUUCCUGUCACGCGUGCCGUCCGACAUUCAGGUGAUGCAGUAUCGCGAGCUGGUGGUGGACGUGGGUCAAACUCCGAGCAAGCGCAAGAGGACCGACCCCAGCUAGUAUUCUAACAUGCGACCCAAUGCAACAAUAACAAAACAAAAUCAAAAUACUAUUUCCAAUUGAUGACUUUGUUGGCCAAGAACCUUGUUGCUCUGCAUCCUGCCUAAGAAAAUAGAAGUUACUUUUUUUUUUUUCACUUGAUGGAUCAAUGUAUUUGUAUGUGCCUAACGGAAUAUUUUUACUUUCACAUUUUUAUGUCACUUCAUUUUAUUCACGUUAUAUUCCCACGUGAGCAUGUGUCAACAUGUUAGCUUGCACAAAGAAAGAAACCUUUCCCAGUGUUGUCUUAGCAACCAACCUUCCAGCUGUCAAUCACCAGGCAGCUGCUGCUGCUGCUGCUGCUGCGCAUGACUGAAUUGACAUACGUGUGCGAUAUAUGCAGGAUAUUUAUAAAAACGUAUACGUGAAUACAUGUUAACUUUUGUACACGCUUCUCCAAGUCAUGUUAGCCCCCCCGUAUAAAGUUGCAUUUUUGAGAUUUUAUGACGUAAAUAUGCAUUAAACGUGAGAGAAUGUUUUGA